UCGAUAAUUCGGACUAGCUGCUUGGACGUGUAUAGUAAAGUGCCACCAACGCCGCCGACGCCGCUGCUGCUGCCGUCGUCUCGGUUCGACGCUCUCGGCGGUUUUUGCACGAACAUACACACAACAACGGAUGUUUCAUUACAAGUCGGAGUUGACUUACUCACGCAUCGUUCGUAGUAGUAUGUAUACUUAGACGCCCCCCGCUUAACCUCGAAAUUCGCGUGCGUAUUUUGCGUUGCGAGCUUCUGUCAAUGCAGACGAGCGACUACGACGACUCGACUCUCGACGAUUGUCACAUGCUCAUCGAACUUGGCCGUAUGCGAAGCUGAGCGAAUUGUCAAAGAAGUGUGUGUUUUCAAGCUAGUGAAUAGUGUGUGGUGACAUUGGAAGACUAUUAGGAGAAUUGUAUUCAUUGAAUUUCGAAUUGUAUAGUAAAGCAAAAACGACAACGACAGCGGUAGCAGCUUAUUUUCGGCGCGGCGCUGCAACUUACACACCCCACAUUGCAAGCUUAUACAUUGUAUACGUAGCAGCUCGAACAGCUGAGCGCACGCGGCGCUGGAGUCGUCAUGGAAGCUGGCUCUAGCCGGCUGAGCGCUGCAGCAACCGGGGGUGCGAGCGGCGGUGGAGGAGGAAGAAAACCCGGGGACAAGUUCAUCGGCUGCAUCGGCAAGUGCACCAGUGGACUGACCAUCAAGGACAUCGACCGCAUCACCGACUCGAUCAGCAAGUGCCUCGACGACAAGCACGGUCGAAAGAUCUUUCGCCGAUACGUCGUGCAGGCCGAUCGCAGGACCGAUCGACACUGCCUCGACCUUUACGAGCGCAUCUCCGACUUGAUCAAUUUGGAAAUAAGUCAACGGAAUCCAACGGAAAAUCCGUCAGUCGAAGCCGUUCGCUCCGCGGAGAGACUCAGCUGCCACGUGAACGACAUCCUCGACCAGCUCGAUACUCUGGACUCGGUGGAGGAGAUCGAUUGGGCUGUGAUCGAUCAAUUGCAAAGAGCUCUGGACGAGCAGUCGGCCGAAGGCAUGCUCGACGGCCUGAAAAUGGUCAACGUCGGACUCGAAAAUCACAUGGCGAAAGCGUACAAGAGCUUUCGCACUUACGCGCGCGCGCCCUGUCCGCAGACCAAGCGCUGUUAG